CGCACUUGCACGAGCGGGGAAGAGAGGAAACCAGACGCAAGCAAACAAACAAAGCGGUGCAGGAAAGUCUGUGUUUCAUUUCUCUCUUAGAAGUUGUUAUUUAUUUAUGAUUAUUGCCAGUCAGUCUGUUUGUUCAUCAUAAAGGAAAACAGCAUUAAAGUACUGAUUCCUGUCUCGCCUCCAGUGUGUCUGUGAUGUCCACAAGCAUGAAGUCUGGUAUUGCAUAUGAAAAGAUGGCUGAUGUGGAGUCGAGUAGAGGAGAGAGUCUUCUGAAAUCGCAGAAGUAUUACAGGUGUAUUCUGAUCAUCACCUGUCUCACUGCUGUGCUGCUCAUGAUGUUUAGCUUCCAAACACUCCUUAUUCCCUCAAUCUUAACAUCUGGCCUAAAGAAAAAUGCUCCCAUCACACACACCUGCUCUGACACCUGCAGACUGGUUCUUUUGGAGAGCAUCCCGGUGGGGGUGGAAUUCAACUCGUCUGUUGGUCAUCCAUCCAUCUAUCAGGCAUGGCGGAGCCUCUUGUCAGAGGCACAGAGCAGUCUGGACAUUGCCUCAUUCUACUGGACGCUCACUAACGAGGAUACACACACACACGAGCCCACAGCCAAACUGGGUGAAGAGAUCAUGCAGGAACUUGUAGAGAUUUCUGGGAAAAUCUCUGUGCGCAUCGCUGUGAACGCUCCUCAGGACAGUCGGCCACAGCGUGACAUCCAGAUGCUCAUUGAUGCUGGUGCUGAUGUGAGGGAUGUAAACAUGCGAGAUUUAACAUCUGGUGUGCUGCACACUAAGUUCUGGGUGGUCGAUAAGAAGCACAUUUACAUCGGUAGUGCCAACAUGGACUGGAGAUCCUUAACUCAGGUGAAGGAGCUCGGUGCUGUGGUAUAUGACUGUAAGUGCCUUGCCGAUGACCUCGGGAAAAUAUUUGAAGCCUAUUGGUUCCUCGGUGAGAGCAAGACGAUACCUGCUCCCUGGCCCAGCCAAUACGCUACAGCCUUUAACAAAGACACACCAAUGCAGCUGCAAAUCAACGGAUCAGACUCUAGAGUUUACCUGUCGAGUUCUCCUCCAUCUUUGUGUGCUGAGGGCAGAACUCCAGAUCUUCAGGCCAUUGUAAGCGUCAUUAAUGAUGCACAGAAGUUUGUUUACAUUGCUGUGAUGAACUACCUGCCCACUAUGGAGUUCCUAUUAUCUAAAAGGAGAUACUGGGCUGACAUUGACACUGAGCUGAGGCGUGUGGCAUACGAGAGGACUAUUCAUGUGCGUUUGUUGGUCAGUUGCUGGAACAGCACCUCUGCAGUCAUGUUCCCAUUUUUACGCUCACUUGCCUCUGUACAGGAUUCAAAGAGUAACCUGGACAUUCAAGUGAAAAUCUUCAUCGUUCCCAGCAGCCCGAGUCAAAAGGAAAUCCCCUUUGCUCGAGUGAACCAUAACAAGUAUAUGGUGACAGACAGAGUUGCCUAUAUAGGAACGUCAAACUGGUCCGGCGAUUACUUCGUGAAUACAGCGGGUGCAGCGUUAGUGGUGAAUCAGACUUCGACUUCAUCCUCGGAAUCCACAGUGAGAGAACAGCUACAGGCUGUGUUUGAAAGAGACUGGGAUUCUCCCUACAGCACUCCACUCAACCAAGACAGCAACCUCGAACAGAUGUGUGAAAUAUAACACAGAACCUGCAGAGGGCGCCUUAAAACUCCCUUGUGUUCCAGAGUCAUUUUAAUGCGGCCUCAUCAACUUCAUCUAACACCUAGGCCAUGUAAGGGGAAGAGUAUAGAGGAACACACUCAACCUCUCCAGCUGGAACCCUCAGAUUUACACACUUGGUUUACACUAAAAAACAUUUGCAAGUUGACAUGUAGCAUAAUAACACAGAUAUUGAAAGAAAAAUGUUUCAGUCAGGUGACAGCAGGUUGCCUUUUGGUUUCCUCAUGUUCCUGAAUUCUAUGAUGAUGUUGACUUGAUUCCCAAUCCAGCAUUUAUCUAACCAACUUCACUUGAGAUGAUUGAGUAACAGAAUGGCCAACAAGAUUGAAACACAGGGCAUGGUGUUCAGUCCAGUGCACAAUCAACUGUUUUCUCCUUGCACUACAUAAACCAUAACACAUAAUGAACAUAACUGAGGGAACUUUUACAUCUUCACUUCUAAAAUAGAGACAUAUUUAAUUUCCUUUUUUCUAAUCAUGACUCGGUUAUUACAGAUAGCAUUAAAAUCCACUUGCACUUUGGCACAAAGCCGUGGUUUGGCUAAAAAUACAAAGUGUCCCUGUACUCCAAACAUAAUCGAUCAGCCAAGACGUGUUUGGUGUCCAGGCAGGAAGUGUGGAUUUCUGAUUUCCAAAGGCGAAAAGCAGGCAUGUACGUUAGAAGAGAUUUGGAUGAUAAUAAAUUUGCCUAACUUGUUACUUCAGAUCAAGCAUGUCUUUGCUUGACUGAUGAUGCACUGAAGGCAGUAAUGCUUUUCUUUUGCCAAACUAUCGCUCUCACAGCUUCAAUAGCAUUGUGCUGUUUUUGUCUUUUGUAGCAAAGGGAACUUAAACCCUGUACCUGGGCAGAUGCAUGUGUUUCAUUAAUAUUUUAGUAGAAAAUUUUAAUUAAACUGGUACAAAUUUUAUUUUCUCAGGUAAAUCUAUGGCUGGUCACUGAUGCCCAGAAAUCUUAGAAUAAUUAUGCUGCUGUCAUUCAGCUGCCUUAAAUGUGUUACUUGAAAUUCAUUACCAUUUGUACCCAUUAUGUUUUUGUUUUUCUUUUCAGUGAAUAAAUACUUUUUACUCAA